UGAGAGGGGAGGAGGAGGAGAAGGAGGAAGAGGAGGCGCACGAACUGGCAGGGAUUCCUCGGCUCUCCUCAAAUUUUUUUCGAACCGCGGAUCUCCAGCUCGACUCCACCUGGAUAAGAUAUAUCCUGAUCAGCAUUACUUUUCCUCGCUGAGCGGAGCCGCUACUGAUUUCAGAGACACGAUGUGGAGGAGCGUAGCUGCACUCCUUCUGCUGGCCGUAGCUCUCUGUAAAGCAGAGGAGCUGCAGAGCAAGAGCAAAGUGUGCGCCAAUGUGUUCUGCGGCGCCGGCAGAGAGUGCACUGUCAACGAGAAAGGGGAGCCCAGCUGCCUCUGCAUUGAGAGUUGUAAGCCUCACAAGAGGUCAGUGUGUGGCAGCAAUGGUAAGACCUACAGGAACCACUGCGAGCUCCACAGAGAUGCUUGUCUCAGCGGCCUCAAGAUCCAAGUGGCUCAUGAUGGUCAUUGCCGUGAAAAGAAAACAGACCAAUCAGCUGCCAGCCCAGUGGUGUGCUACGCUGCUGACCGCAAUGAGCUGAGGGGUCGUGUUAUCCAGUGGCUGCAGACUGAGGUCGUCCCAGACGGCUGGUUUGCCAAGGGAUCCAACCUCUCUGAAGUCCUCCUCAAAUACUUCAAGUCAUACGACAACGGCGAUUCUCAGCUGGAUUCCUCUGAGCUGCUCAAAUUCAUCCAGCACAAUGAGUCGGUUGGAGAGCUGCAGUCCUACGCAGACCAGGAGAGCAACAAGCUGCUCAGGAGUCUUUGCGUCGACGCCCUCAUUGAGCUCUCUGAUGAGAACGCUGACUGGAAACUGAACUUUGAUGAGUUCCUCAACUGUGUGAAACCGGGUUUCAACCCACCAGAAAAAAAAUGUGCCCUGGAGGAUGAAACAUAUGAAGAUGGAGCAGAGACCCAGGUUGAGUGCAAUCGCUGUGUCUGCGCGUGCGGCAACUGGGUCUGCACUGCGAUGACCUGCGGGGACAAACAAGCAGCAAUGGGUGAGUCAGCAGAUACAGGAGCAGAGAUGACGGAGGAGGAGUGGAACCUCCGCGUGGCUGAGCUCAACAAACACCAGGAAACCGUUGAGAAGAUGAAAACAAGCAAAAAAGAGGUCUAAAUGAGGACACUUAAAAAAAUAAGAAGAGGAUGAGUGGUGUCAACCUUCUUUAAUACUUGAUUUCCAUCGUGGACAAGUUUUAUCAAGCUGAAUUUUUUUUCAUGUUUCCUGAUAUGUUAAUUAUUCUACAUUUUUACAGUGUUUUAAGUGUUUUCUUUGUUAGAUUCAAAGGCAUUCUGACUGGAAACGGAUGGCCUUUUGUUCAGUGCUGUUACUUUUGACUGUAUUACUGCGCCCCUACACUAGUCCCGGGGCUUUUUUUUACUACUAUCUUUAUAUGUUUUUUACAUUUACUAAAAUAGAAAGAAACUGUCACUGUUUUGUGAUAUAUACGUCAGUGCUUUUGAAGUUGGUAUGGUUAGGAACCUAAACUUGUUGAAAUGAGGAUUUAACCUGGUUUAACUUUUUUCAACAAGGUAAAACUACUUGCAAUUUGAGUUUUGUCACCAUAGAAAUACCACAAGAGGCCACCGUUACAACCAUUGCACUUCUUUUUUCUUCUGAUCUUCCGUUAGUUUUCCCCAAAGCAGAAGAUUGUUUGACUUUAUGCUUUAAGUCAUAGUUUUGCAGCAAAAAAAAAAAAAAAAGUUUGUUUCUGUGUACAGUGUGUUAUUGGCUUGUGUUGGUAACCCACCUUAUUACCAUGUGAUGCUUGGACGAGUUUCUUUUGUUUUGGUUCUUUAAACAUUUCCUUGACUGGCUUUUGUGAGACCAGCUGCACCUCGAGAAGACCGGAUCUGAGUGUUACAUGGUGAAAACAGAAACCAAAGCCUUGAUGAAGUGUUUUAAUGCAUGAUGUACAAAGUUAUCCGGGUAAAACGUUACUCCGGACCCAGCAACAACACUAUACCUGUAUUUUCAAAAUCACUAACCGAAGGACUAGCCUCAGCUGAAGUAGCAUAGGCGUUCUAGUUAUCCGGGUGCAAAUAAAAAGUGUGUGUGGUUGAGUGUUUGCGUGCAUGUUGUGAACCUGAAAGUUGUAGGUUUUAUUGUGUGUUCAUUUGUAUCUAAAUUGAGGUGUCGACCAAUACACAUCAGUGCCUUACACCUGCAAACAGUAUCAGCCUCUAAAGAGAAUGAGUGGGCACUGCUGAUGUUUAGCAGAAAACCAGUGCUUUGUAACCCUGUGUCUGAUAAAUAAUUGUGUGAAGGGUGCAUUAUUAGGUGUAAGCUACAUCUUUUUAUUCCACUACAAGUGCAGACUGUAAGGAAUGUAUACCAAUAAAGCCCUUACACCACA